AUGACACUGUUCACCAUCCACUUAGAACUAUUCCUGACACAAAUCACAGAAAAUCAGCUGUAGACAUGGCCUCCGAAUCAACUACACCUCAGCCUAAAGUUGUCGUUCACCAUUUGAAUGACUCCCGGUCCCAACGCAUCUUAUGGUUACUGGAAGAAUUGGAAGUACCCUAUCAAGUCAAAAGAUAUAACAGGACCUCUAAUAUGACUGCUCCUAAGGAAUUGUUUGCUAUCAGUCCCUUGGGGAAAUCCCCCGUUAUAACAGACGGCGAUAUCACCCUCGCUGAAAGUGGAGCCAUCGUCGAAUAUAUUAUUAAUAAGUACGGCAGGUCACAGGACAAACCUCCUGAUUCUGGAAAAGUACAUGAUAUGUAUUUCACCCACUACUCGGAAGGCUCGUUUAUGCCCCUGCUCGUGCAGCAGCUCAUUUUCAACAUUAUUCCCAAAAGAGCGCCCUUUUUCUUACGAUAUCUCCUCAGCUACAUAUUCAACUCAAUCACCAGCCAACUGGUUACGCCUGAGCUGAAGAAGCAUAAAAAUAUGAUCGAAACACAUCUUUCAAAGACUGGAGAGUGGUUCGCGGGAGGUGACCACCCUACUGCAGCCGACUACAUGAUGUCUUUCCCCCUAGAAGCUUUGGUCUCGGAAAACCCUGAAAUGCUUGGGCCGAAGGCUGCAGAGUUCAUAAAAAGGGUGCAGAGUCGUCCUGCUUACAAACGCGGGUUGGAGAAGGGAGGAGAUUAUGCAUAUGCAAAGCUUUAAAAUCGAGCUUUCAACGACCAUCCGCUGUUUAGGCCUUUUCAUGAUCGCGAAGCUUUAUCAAGUACCGUUUAACAAUAUCCAAUAAAGUGUAGUGCGUCCUUACUAUAUUCAUUAGAAGUGGUUUCCAUUAAAUCUCCUCGCUCUUCGGGAUUAUAUAAAUGUGAAAACUGUUAUAUAAAUGUUCUGUGACGAAUUUUUUAGAAAAACGAAUAUAGGCAAUAAACA